GAGCGAAACUGAACUACCCAGAAACAACCAGAAAGUUCACUAACUGUAAUUCAAAUGUCUACUUUACUUUCAUCAGCCAUUUUUGCACCUUCUGAGUUGACUCGUUUCCUUCAUCCAACUCACUCGAGGUUACAACUCAGUUCCUUGACUCGGCACCGACUCGGUUUCAAAUUGGGAAAUUCUCGUCCCUUAAAUAUACGGUGCGCCUCAACAAUGCCCCUUCAGAACCAAUCUACAAACCCUUCCUGUUCUCAGGAUAGUCUGUUUUACAGCAGAGCAUUUUGGGUUACCAAAUCAAUAAUUGCUUGGAAUGUGGGUGCUGGAGAGGGUGAAUGUUACUUAUAUGCUAGUAGAAACGCUGCGUUAUGUGUUGCUGAUGAUGAAAUUCAAGGCCAUGAUGUGAAAAUCAAACUUGAAAGGACAAAUUAUGGACUUCCACAGCAGGUUAUUGAAAAAUUUCCUCAUAUUCGAGAUUAUGCAGCAUUUGAGGUCCCUCAAACUCUGGACUUCCAAAGUUUAGUCAAGUGCCAAUUAGCUGUUGGCAUCUUCAAUUCUGAUGGAAAAUGUGCAAGUGCUACUGGAUUGCAGUUACCUGGUAUUCUGGAUGAGUUAUUCUCCUAUACUGGGCCCCUUGGUGCUGUUUUUGCUACUGAAGCUGUCUCUCUCUACCUUUGGGCACCAACUGCUCAAGCAGUGCAAGCCCUCAUUUAUAAGAGUCCAUCAGAGGUUGACCCAGUAGAAAUUGUUCAGCUCAAGGAGUUAGAUGGUGUUUGGAGUGCUAAGGGGCCAAGACAUUGGGAGGGUUGCUACUAUGUUUAUGAAGUGUCUGUUUACCAUCCUAGCACCUUACGUAUUGAGAAAUGUGUGAGCAAUGAUCCAUAUGCCAGAAGUCUCUCUGCUGAUGGCAAGCGGACAUUAUUAGUUAAUCUCGAUUCUGAUGAUGUAAAACCUGAAGGAUGGGAUAAUCUACAAAACGAGAAGCCAAAUCUUCUUUCCUUUUCUGAUAUCAGCAUCUAUGAGCUGCAUGUUAGAGAUUUCAGUGCCAAUGACCCUACUGUGCCUCAUGAAUUUCAGGGUGGUUAUCUCGCCUUCACAUUGCAGGACUCAGCUGGUGUCCAACAUUUGAAAAGAUUGUCCAGUGCUGGUAUCACUCAUGUCCAUCUGCUGCCAACCUUUCAAUUUGCCAGUGUCAAAGAUGAGAAACAUAAAUGGAAGCAUUUAGAUAUCGAGAAACUCAACUCUUUUCCACCAGAUUCUGAGGAGCAGCAGGCUCUUAUCACAGCCAUCCAAAAUGAAGAUGGCUAUAAUUGGGGGUAUGAUCCUGUUCUCUGGGGAGUUCCAAAGGGAAGCUACGCCAGUAAUGCAAACGGUCCUUGUCGGAUCAUUGAGUUUCGAAAAAUGGUGCAGGCACUUAAUCGUGUUGGUCUACGUGUUGUAUUGGAUGUUGUUUACAAUCAUUUACAUGCAAGUGGUCCCUUUGAUGACUUCUCUGUUCUAGACAAGAUUGUUCCAGGUUACUUUCUAAGAAGAAAUGCUGAUGGUGGUAUUGAAAAUAGCACCUGCGUAAACAAUACUGCCAGUGAGCAUUUCAUGGUUGAGCGCUUAAUUCUUGACGACCUCAAGUGCUGGGCAGUUCAUUAUAAGAUUGAUGGAUUUCGGUUUGACCUGAUGGGUCACAUAAUGAAGCGUACAAUGUUGAAGGCAAAGUCAUUGUUGAAUAGCUUGUCAACAGAAAAAAGUGGCGUGGAUGGAUCAAGCAUUUAUCUAUAUGGUGAAGGAUGGGAUUUUGGUGAAGUGGCAAACAACGGACGUGGGAUAAAUGCAUCGCAAUCCAACCUUUUUGGAGCUGGAAUUGGGAGCUUCAAUGAUCGCAUUCGGGAUGCUUUACUGGGUGGAUCACCUUUCGGUCACCCUCUACAUCAAGGUUUUGUAACUGGCCUUUAUUUGGAGCCUAAUGGUCAUGAACUUGGUGAUAAAGCCAAUGUAGAACGUAUGCUUACUGUGUCGAAGGAUCACAUUCAGGUUGGAAUGGCUGCAAACUUAAAGGAUUUUGUGCUAACAAACUGCGAUGGUCAAGAGGUGAAAGGAUCUGAAGUGCUACUGCAUGAUGGGAAGCCAGUUGGAUAUGCUUCUUCGCCCAUAGAAACAAUUAACUAUGUGUCUGCUCAUGACAAUGAGACACUGUUCGACAUCAUUAGUCUUAAGACUCCAAAGGACAUUUCUGUGGAGGAGAGAUGCAGGAUGAACCACUUAGCAACCAGUGUAAUAGCCCUUUCUCAGGGAAUACCCUUUUUCCAUGCUGGAGAUGAAAUGCUGCGCUCAAAAUCACUAGAUCGUGACUCUUACAACUCUGGUGAUUGGUUCAACAGGCUGGACUUUAGCUACAACUCUAACAACUGGGGUGUUGGUCUCCCUCCGAAGGAGAAGAAUGAAAGAAACUGGCCACUAAUCAAACCCAGACUAGCAGAUCCAUCCUACGAGCCCCAGAAGAGUCAUAUCCUUGCAGCUGUUGAAAAUUUUUCUAUUCUAAUGCAAAUAAGAUACUCUUCACCACUCUUCCGGCUUAGGACGGCCAACGCUAUCCAGGAAAGAGUACGAUUUCAUAAUACUGGUCCUUCAUGGAUUCCUGGACUUAUAGUAUUGAGCAUUGAAGAUGGUCAUCAGGGAGUUCCAGGGCUUUCUCAAUUGGAUCCAAUUUAUUCCUUUAUAGUUGUCAUCAUUAAUCCUUGCCCGACUGAUGUAUCAUUCGCCAAUCUUGCACUAAGAGCAAAAUCUCUUCAAUUGCAUCCAGUACAGAUGAACUCAACCGAUGAUGUUGUUAAGAACUCAACAUAUGAUGCAUCCUCGGGUUGCUUUAAUGUGCCUGCCCGGACAACUUCUGUGUUUGUUGAGCCUCGGUAAAAUCUUGUUUCGCCUUCGUGAAUAGGGAAACCUGGGUCGUUUUAGAAAAACGGCCAUGGAGAAUCAAGAAGUAAAUAUACCACAAAGAUUCAGUUAGAAGAAAUAACACCACAAAACGAUCCCUUUUCUGUGCUUAUUUAACAGGAGAGUAACAAGAAAGAUGAUUUAUCUUUUAAGUUGAUAAUCAGAGAGGAUUGAUAUGUCAAAUAUUUGUCUAAUACUAGUGUCUUGAAUUCAAUAUUUGUCUUUCUAGUUGUUUAAGUGCCUAUUUUGUAUCAAAUUUUAAGAGUUAAAUUGUUAGGUUUCCACGUUGGUUAAUUGUUAGACUAAUGAGCUAAGUCGCGCAGGCUGCUAUUGAUCAACUUUUUUGUUGAAUUUUGAAAGAGAAUAGAUAAUGACUAGGGGAACAUUGACUUCAUUGUUUUUCUUUAAUGUUGCAGUAGAGCCAAAUAUUAUCUUAAAGCAAUAAUCUAAUCAAGCAAAAAACCAAAUUUAUUGGCCAUAGGGAAGUUUCUGAUCCCAAAUCUUAGUAUGUGUAAAAUUAAUAGGACUAUAUUGACCCAUUAAAAGUAUUAAUUCAUCAUUAAAGAUGAGAGACUCUACAUGUACGCAGCAUUAUUCAUAGCUGUUGGUGCUGCAUAUAAAGUAAUAAUAUUUGUGCACUAAUCUGACAUAAUUAAUUGCUUAUAGCUUCUUCUUUUUCGGUGCGGGCAUUUGGGUGGGGGUGGGCGGUGGUAGUUUAUUUGAUGGGUUCUCUUAGGCUCUCAAUGAACACAAAUGAUUAUUAUUUGAUGGGUUCUCUUAGGCUCUCAAUGAACACAAAUGAUUAUUUUAUUUGCGACAUGUUUGUUGCUUGGUUGUAAAAUUGCGACAAACAUGUCAUCUUGAGUUGCUCAGAAACUACUGUAUUUCCUACCCGCAAAGCCAACAACAAAAACAACAACAUAUCCAAUGUAAUCUUAUAAGCGGGGUAUGGGGAGGGUAACCUUACCCCUACUGGCAACCCACUUCCGGAAAGAGAAAAGGAAGUAGAACUUUCAAAAUGUAUCGAUCAAUAAUGACGUGAAGAGAAUAUGUGGCAAUUCAAUACUAUUGGUACUUGGUCAUUUGUCCGUGAAUUUAAUAUAUUUGUCUACUCUAGUAUCAUGUUGAAUUACGCCAUCAUUUUAUCUGUAAGUUUAAACUAUCAAAAAAGAGAAUGUACUCCUUACGUGCAAUAAACAAACCUAAAUAAAUUGCUUCAUGCCACUGACUUGCCUGCCUUAACCCGUUGGCCUCACCAUCUUUUAUUCGCAGAAAAAGGGAGUAGAGUAAAGAAAAUUGCCACUUGGAAUUUAUAUGCAUGCACUAACAGAAGUUCCUAUAUGGCUAUAUAUUCCAUGAUGACAAGAUUCUACAUAAAGACAGUGACGUUUUCACACGUUAAUGCUAGUCUAUGUUAAGGUGUGGUUAGAGGAAUUAAUAAUAUCUUAAUAUCCCUAUUUAUAAAUACCAUUAAUGGGGAAAAUAAAUAUCAUCCAUACAUAAAAUCAACAAUCAUUCGAUUUUUCUAAGAGUUUUUAUCAUUAUUAAGACGAUGUGAACUCGAUUUCAUCCAUAUAGGCGUUCAAUCCAAAAUCCAAUUCAAAGAAUUAGGGAUUAAUAUUUUCUGCUUACCAGAAAGCAAAAAGAUCACUCGUUUUCCAGUCACACCCUUAUGAAUAUGAGAGAGAGGACCUUAUUGAGAGUGUGUGUUGUGUGUGCUGUGAAUCUGGUGAGAAGUGUAGAGUGGCAAAGAACUAUUGAGAACGUGCAUGUGGGGAUCCUAGUUUUAUGGAAGUGUGGAUGCAUUUAUGGUACAGAAGUAAUGGAGUAAUAAAGUAUUGUACCAUCCAAAAGAACUAACAUAAAAAAAGAUACUAACAUAUUAAAAAAAAAAAAAAAAGCUAAACUAUAAGGACAUUAUUGCUA